AUGGCGACUGCGAUUGACUAUGAUGCUCUCCUUGCAAGGUUCGAUGACCUGGUUGCUCGAGAAAUCAUAUAUUAUUCCCCGCCAACCACAAUACCACUGAACGAUGGGGGCUUUCCUAUCGAAUUUCAUAUUAGUCCUUCACUCCGCACCAAGCCGGCUUAUAUUGGCGACAAUUUCCACUCCAGUGGUAGUACAUCACCCGAAGGCUUUGGACCAGGCAGUGAUAUUGCCAACGCAGAUCCGCACCUGCUCAUUGCCACUAUUAACCAGACUCAUCUCCUCGUAAUCAACAAGUUUUCUGUUUUCCGGCCACAGUUGCUCUUGCUGACAUGCGACUCCUACCGGCGGCAGCAUGAACCGCUCACUGUGGAAGACUUUGCGGCGAUUCACAGUGUCCUGAGCUCUUCGAAAACCCCCCAUCUUGUUAUAUACAACUGUGGACCGAUAGCUGGCGCAAGCAGGAACCAUAAACAUAUGCAGAUUUUACCGCGCCCUGCCCAUCUGUUUCCUGAUGACCCGAACUUUGACCCUGGGGUGAUUCCAUUUCAGUAUGUUCUGCGAUAUCUUCACGAUCUGGAUUUCGAAAAUCAGGACUGCCCCUCAAAGCUCUGUGAAGUGUACCAGGAAUUAUUGGCAGAGGCGAAAGAAAGGCUUGGACAGUCAGCUAGCACCAAUACUGAAGGGUACUUUCCACAUAACGUCGUGUUGGCCCGAGAGUGGAUGAUUGUCAUCCCCAGGCGCAGUAACAAUUUUGAGGGCAUCACGGCCAAUGCGGCCGGAAUGAUGGGCUCUGUUUGGUUGAAGAGCGAAGACGAGUUGGCUCGCUGGAAGGAGGUCGGACCGACCAAAGCUCUGGGUGGUUUGGGAUGGUCGAGAGAGUUUAAGAAGGAGGCCUAG